ACUUGAGAGUGUGACGUCAGCAGUCAAAAAAGUUGUGGAUAAUCCUCAUCUUCGACCACCAGGGCAAUCAAAGUUGCCGAUAACGUGUCGCUCCCACGUGGCUCCCCAACUGUUAACGUGUCGCUCUCGUGCCAUGCCAUCUCCAGUUCUCUGACAUGUCGUCACCUUCAUCUCCGUCGUCUUCUUCUUCACCAUCACUCCCUCGCAUCUUCAUCACUCGCUUUCGCCUCCGCCAUCCCUCCCUCCCGCUUCAGCUCACUAAUCAGCUGGGGUGGGGGUUAAAGUUAAACCCAUUAUUAAAGAUGAUGGAGCUUUAUGGGCACGAGUUACAUUUUUGGUUGAAAAUGGCUGUCGAGGUUGAAUUAAGAUGUUUGUUUUUGACUUGUAUGAAGAUGUGAAGGUGUGACAGUUGGUGGAUGAUAACUAGUAGAUGGAAUGGUUAGUCGAACUGAUGAGCACUAUUAUCUUCGUAGUACUGGUGAAGCCUUUUUCAGUGAUCAAGCAAUCAGUCUCAUUCGGUGUGAGAAGCUUAUGCAUCGCCCUUCUGACCUGGAUGGAGCUUCUGAGAAAUGCUAUCUGCCUCAAUGUUAGCAUACUUUGGAAGCUAACAACUUGGAUAAUAGCAAUUCCGUUUCUGCCUAUGCGAGUGUUGAAUGCUCUACAAAACGAAAAGCUGCUUAAAAUGCAUCUCGAAGAAAUGCAGAGAGAGUUGGAGAAUUUGGUCUGGGACAAGAAGGGAGUGGAGAAACAACUACGCGUGGCUAUCAAAGAACACAAGUUGAUGGGGCUGAUGUUGAGGGAACUCGAAGAUGAACACAAUGAGGCUAUCAUCAAAAUUGAACAACUGGAGGACGAGCUUCAGGGUCUAAAGGAGGAAAACCAACAGCUAAAGGAGGCUCGAGGCAAAGCUCGAUGGAGCCCCGAACAGGUUGACACCAGCAACCUCCACAACCAAACCACGAAUUACACCAAAGAAUCCGCAGCAACCUUGUCCCGGAGGCCAAACAGAGCUAAAACCGCCAAAACAUACCAAGAAAUCUCCCGAGCUAAUGCUUGGGAAGACGAGAACAAACCAACCAUAGCAGCUAAAGACACCAAACAACCUCUAAAGCCAGCAGAUUUGGACACAACUUACUACCUCCAAUCCCAAAGAAGAGAAACCGCGCUUUCUAGGAGUGUUUUCAGUGCAGUGUUAUCAGUGGUGGUUGGAACCACGGUGUGGAGUGCAGCCGAGCCUUGCGUGCCCCUCGUGGCCGCCCUUUUCACGGUGGUCGCCAUUUCGUUGAGGAGCGUGGUCCAGUUCUUCUCCUCCAUUAACAACCACCCUGCAAGUGAGGCAGUUGCUCUCCUCAGCUUCAACUGGUUCAUUCUCGGCACCUUAACAUAUCCGACAUUGCCAAAGGUUGCCCGUAUGUUGUCUCCCCUGGCACACAACUUCUCCGGCACAACAAUGAGCUUCCUCUUCGGACUGUUUGCAUGAUCCAUCUUUAAUUCCCCCUCUCAAAAUGUAAUAUAAUCAUAACUUUUUCACUUCCCCAAAAGUUUUGUGAGUUUGAUAUGAUAAUGUGCCAAUGCAAACUUGUUUCUCUAUGGAAUUUUUCUUUUUAUUAUU